AAUAAAGCGAUAAAAAGCAAAUGAAUAAUAUAACACUUUACAACGCGUUUGUUGUAAAGUUCAUCAGUUGUCACUUAGAUCCUCAUCCAAAUGAAUUUAAAUUUGACUCACCUGGAUUUUUCUCCAGCGCAAAACUUUUUCAACACUUAAAAAAUGGAUUUUAAUAUUUUGUGUAGUGAUAAAACUUGGAUUAAACUCUUUUUUCUUCUCUGGAUUUUUGCCUCAUCUGUUACAAACGGGAAUUGGAUGUAUCUUGGAAUGUCAUCAGUAGCAGUAGAUACACAAACUGAAAAAUGUAACACAGUUCCUGGGCUUGUUUUAGAACAAUUAGAUUUAUGUCAAAGAAAUCCUGAAUCUCUCCUAUGUGUAAGUGAAGGAGCAAGGCAAGCUAUUCAUGAAUGCCAGAACCAGUUUAGAUUUGAACGCUGGAACUGUACAACAAGCCAGAAUUACAGUGUGUUUGGUCCCAUAAUGACAAAAGGAACCAGAGAGACUGCUUUCAUCUAUUCCAUAUUAAGUGCUGGUGUGACUGAUUCUGUAACCAGAGCUUGUAGUGCCGGUAACCUUACAGACUGUGUAUGUGAUCCUACCAAUGAUGGCAAGAAUUCUGUAGAAGGAUGGGUGUGGGGCGGAUGCAGUGACAAUGUACAGUAUGGACUAGAAUUUAGCCGCAAGUUUGUUGAUGCACCGGAAGUGCUUAAACAUCAAGAUACGCAAAGUAUAAGAAAUAAAAUGAAUAUUCAUAACAACGAAGUAGGCCGACGGACUGUGAGAGAUAUGAUGAGGCUUCGAUGUCGUUGCCAUGGUGUUUCUGGGUCAUGUGAAAUUCAAACAUGUUGGAAGAGCUUACCAAAAUUUAGCACUGUUGGAGCGAAACUGAAAGAAAAAUACGAAAUUUCAGUGAGAAUAGCUGGUAGAUCGAAAAGAAAGCUUAGACCAAAAACACCAAAACGUCAUAGACAAGCCCGAAUCGGACGUAAGAAAAGAUUAUCAAAAGACGAUAUGGUAUUUGUCCAUAAAUCUCCAAACUUUUGUACGCCAAAUCCUAUAAAAGGUAUUUUAGGUACUGAGGGUCGCCUUUGUAAUAGAACAGGUUCAGGACCCGAAAGUUGUGAUUUGUUAUGUUGUGGUCGGGGAUAUAAUACUCAGGUUGUGAGACUAACAGAUAGAUGUCAAUGUAGAUUUAUUUGGUGUUGUUAUGUUGACUGUAAAACUUGUGAGACCUUGUUUGAUAGACAUACCUGUAAAUAAAAUAUAGGACUGGCAGUUCGAAUGAAAGUCUGGCGAUUGUUCAUUAUGCAGUUAUUGUAUUGUAUAUAUAGUCCGUUAUUUACGUUGCCAGCCGAAUCAUGGUACUGUUUUAAGUAACCGGAAUAUCAGCUUAGGAUAAUAGACUGCUCAGUAGAAUGAAUAUACGUGAAUGUGUAAGACAAAGUGAAAAUCGAUACAUUUCACGUGCGAAUGUCGAUGGAUAGUAAAUCUAACUGUUUGAACAGUGAUACCUCAUAACAUUUGCUUUGUCAAAUAUGUAAUAAACUUGCAUGCAAAUAUGUACUUUGCAACGUCGAAUAACGUCUCGACCUAAACCUGAAUGAUGCAAUCUGUUUAUGCUUUACAAGUUGGAUGUUAUCAUCUGGAGUAAUACAAACACAACAGUUUUGCUCAUUUCACUUCGAUUUCCCAACUUUGUAGUACGUUGAAAUAGUAGAUUUUGGAGAACCGUGGUACUUGGCUGGAUUGGUCACCGUUUUUUUAAUUCUUGGUUAAUAUUUCCCGGCACCUUUAUCAAAUGUUCUUACGAUGAAUGUUAAAUCAUUUUUUUUAAAAGAAUAAUACAUUUUGCUCCCACUACCUUACAAUUCAGACUUCUUUGAUAGAAAAAAAGUUUGUCAUUUAUUCACUUUUAAGCUUCAGUAAAAGUGUCGGGGAGGGGGUUAAUACACGGAUGCUGUCUCUGUUUUGUGAAAACGGAUCUUAUUUUCAAAGAAGCAAGCUUAAGUAUCUACCUCGGUAUUUUUUUUUUAUACAUACCCGGUUUUAUAAUCAGCAAUGCUAUAAGAGAGGCGGGAAAUUUAACCAAAGAAGAAAAAGGGAGAGGUCAAACCAGUCAGCAAGUACUUUUAAGAUGGAGAAGCGGUGAAAUAAAAAGGAUUUUUUUUCACAAUCAACGUACAUGAUUAGAAUGUAAGAACCACUUUUGCACAUAGAAAAAACAUUAAACUAAUCACGCAACUGUGCAAGACAUGGUAAUUUAUUCCUUUUACAUUUGUUACUGUCUUAAUUUGAGAGUUAUCCCCCCCCCCUUUUCAGUAUAGACUAAUCAGAUUUAUUUAUUUCUUUUAAGAUCUGAUGUAAAUUCAGGAUUCUAGAUAUCUUUGAAGAGACGAUAAUAUAUCACAUAAAAAGAUAUAGUAUUAAACUAUAAUAGUAAAUUGAUGAUUUUUUUUUCAAAUUGUUGUACUUAAAUUAGAAUACCUUUCGUAAAAUAUGAGUUUAAGAGAAAAGAUUUUAAGGUUGCCACAGUUCUUCAUAGACAGUUUUUUUUCUAUAGUUUUGAUGAUUAAAUAUGUUGUAACAUAUAUUACACCAUCCCUGCAGAAUAGAGCUACUCGAAACAAUUGUUAUUUAUUGUUGCAGUAAACAAAGAAUUUUUGGCAAACUUUACAAGUUUCAAGGGCGUCAUUAUUUAUACGGGGUUAAACAAAAACUAUAUCCCAAGUGUUAACUUACAUAACUAAUAAAAAUAACAUCUUUAGUUAUGAUCAAAUUGAAAAAAAGGAUUUUAUUGUGUUGUUUAGAAUCCUCGUGAUCAUAACAGUGCAUAUUUUCAAUCGGGAUUUGAGAAAGUAUAAAAUUGACAGAAUUAUAACUCUCCUUGAAUGUCGCAAUACUAUUACAAUUAUAUCAACACCAUGUGCUUGACAUUUAUGGGAAAAUCAUCUUUAAAUUCUGAUCAUUAUUUAGAAGUUUUGCCUUGUAUACAUGUAUGUUUAUGUUGUUUUGUUUUUUCACUGUCAUUUUACAUAGUGCAUUCCUUCAUUAUCAUUGUAUUUUAUACAUGUUUAGUUUUUGUUAAGUUAUUUUGUAAAAAAAAAUAAUAGUAAAGUUUUAUCUAUGAAAGAAGUUUUUUUAUUUGUAAAGUGUAAUAAAACAGUGAAAUUCUAUAUACUGUUUAAUAAUGUAAGAGGAUUUGUCCAAAACCUUUGUCACUAUAUCAAAGCACGACAAGACGUGUGAGACAUUGUAACGAAACAUUUUGGUUUACGAGUUCCAUUUUAUGUAUUAUUCGAAUACGAUUCGAUAAAUGAAAGAGAAAAAAAACAUAGCGGAAACAGGCGAUCGAAAUUUUGUUUAAAAACUUGUGUGUAAGUAUUUGUUAGUUUGUUGUUUGUAUAUAUAUUUAGAGUUCUUACAGGUUAGAUAUUGCUGAUGUCUGUUAUUGUUUGAAUUAUUCUUGAGUUCAUAGGCGACAGGGCGGUAUUGGUCUCUUAAUUUUUUAGUCAAACAUAUUGAUAAUCAGCAUAAAAUUAAAUAUACUAGAUAUUUACUAAAAAUCAACUUCACUCAUACAGAGGGACCGAUGCUGCAACUCUUUUUCUCGUCAAAACCAUUUUGAUGACGACAAAAAAUGUCUU